AUGGAACUACAACCAAGGAUCAAUGGCCAUAGCGUCGUUGGAGUCCACGGGAAGGUUGAAGAGAAGAAUAUGGAUAAGCUCCCUUAUUUGCAGGUAGUAGUGAAGGAAAACCUCCGAUUACACCCUGCAGUUCCAUUACUUCUACCACGGAAUGCAAUGCACGAUUCUAGCUACAUGGGGUAUCAAAUACCCAAGACUACACAAGUGCUUGUGAAUGCAUGGGCAAUCGGGAGAGACCCAGAGUCCUGGGACGACCCCUUGUCUUUCAAGCCCGAGAGGUUUCUGGGCAAGAACAUUGACUACAAAGGGCAACACUUAGAGUUCAUCCCGUUUGGAUCUGGGAGAAGAAUUAAUCCAAUCCGUAGUUGGUUUGGAUUUCACACAGCCAUUGACACGCAGUGCAAUGCCAUGUAUGAUCACACUGAUGCAAUCAAGGCAGGAAGUUUGUUACCAACACCAAAAGCUAGGGCGAAGACCGGUGAAGAGAAUGUCAUUGAUCCGAACCUGUAA